AUGUGUUAUUCAUUGCCAUUGUUCGCAAUUGUGCUUGGUCUAAGCUCAGUGCUGCCGAAUAGUUUUGUGUACCUCAGUGAAGUUGAUACCACCAUAAUUCAGAACUUUAUGUAUUAUGGUGAUCGAAAUUUCAUUGGCCAUCGGCUAUCUGGCUACAAAGCGCCAAAAGUGAUUUUAACAAAAGAAGCCGCAUUAAGAUUGAAGGACAUUCAAGCCGACAUCAAAAAAGAUAAUUUCCCAUUGGUAAUUUAUGAUGGUUAUCGCCGGUCCAAUGUCCUGGGCAAAUUCAACUUUAAUCGAGGAUGUCUUUCAACCAAAAUGAUGGCAUUCGAUUUUUACCCAUUUGACUCUGAAUGGUGGCAUUUUACAUUAACAGAUGAACCAUUCGAAAAUACAUUCUUUGAUUUUGAUAUCGAAUAA